AUCGGUGUUGGUUUGGCUUCAUUUUCCAAAGAUGGCCGCUUUCUUGCCACUCGGAAUGACAAUGCCCCACGGGCUCUGUGGAUUUGGUCCAUCGAUCGUCGGCUGAGUCUGUUCAGUUUGCUCGUGCACACUAGUGGUCCAGUGCAAUGUUUAGCCUGGGAUCCAACAACUCCGGCUCGUCUGGCACUGUGCACUGGCUCAGACAGUGUAUUCAUGUGGACCCCUCAGGCAUGCCUUGUGGUCCAAACCCCACCGCACUUCAAAUUCACAGUGAAUUCAGUGGCUUGGUCUCCGCGUGGCGAUUCGAUUAUUCUCCUCUCGGAUACUCAAUUCUGCCUAUGCUUCCUGGAUGAGGCGGAAGAUGACAAACAACGCUUCGGCGAACGAAUUCACGACCCUGUUUGGGUACCCCCAAGACGUCAAAUGAGUGAUCUACCAUUCCACAUUAAUCCGACAGGAAACGAGUCAGCUCCACCGCUCCCUUUAGGUGUGUUCGGAAUGAAUCCGGGCGACAACGAAUUACGAGAAGAAGGCACUGCUGAUCGCAUCGGGUCAUCUAUUGGUGACACUCCGAACUGGUUACGACAACGUGUGGCACCAAAAUCGGAUAGAGAUUCAGUUCGCCGUCGAAGUCUGACCACCGAACAGGUACCCAAAUCUCACUCGAAUCGUGCCUUGUCUUCUAUUUCUGCAGGACGUCAGGCAUGGGCACCGGCACGUGGAAACCCUCUGAAGUCCUCAAAACAGAAUUCUGUUGAGGAACCUUCGUGA